AUGUCUCAAACUAUACCCAAACAUGUUCUCAACUUGAAGAAUGAGCAAGAGAUGCAAGUACUGAUGAGCAAACAACAAGAGUGUUUAAAGAUAUAUAUGCAAGCAGAGAAAAACUUGGAAGCGUUCAAUAGAUUUAGUGCAGCAAGAUAUCAAAUGGUUCAUAAGCAAUUUGAACAACAUAAUAAACUACUCAAACAGAUCAAAAAAGACUUAAACUCAGUCUUUCUUAAGCUCAGCAAGAUAAAGAAUCACUUGAAUACAACUUAUCCUAAUCAAUAUCAACAAUCCUUAGCUAAAUAUCCACCUCCUGUUUUGGAAGAUGAUUGA